CUUCCAGAGUAACUACGCUCGUCAAUCGUUGUGAAAUCACAUUUCAGUAAUCAAAAUCUGAGACAAUGUUACAGUCGUACCUAUCCAUGUUCUUCAUUUUGUUACCAACUGUUGUAACUGGACAAACAGAGGAAACAUUCAUAACUCAAAUACGAGAUUUGGUUGUUGGAGGCGGAGCGUCCUUUACAGAAGUUGCGUUAUACAAGUUUCUAGAAUCAGAUAGUAAAUGGACACUAGUGGCAUCGAAUGUUACAGAUGUGAAUGGCCGAAUUGCCAAUUUGGUCACAGAUGCUCAGUUUCCAAUUGGAGACUAUAAACUCGUAUUUCAAACUGGCAAGUACUACGGGAACAAGAAUCAGUCAACGUUGUAUCCAUAUCUGGACAUUUUGUUUCAAAAAUCAACGCCAGACCAAAUCCUCAUCGUGGUUAGCCUAAGUCCCUAUGGAUAUUCAGCAUACAAAGGAGUCAACGGAAAGAAAUGAAAUUGUUUUUGUAGUUUUGAUGUAUGUAAAAUAAAAAUACAAAUUUUAUUUCCCAAA